AUGCCACAUAAAGGGAAAGCCCCCUCCUCCAGAAGACACAAGUCAGGAUCGUCUCGCACGUCCUCUGGACGAUCGAAUGCGAAAACACGAGAAGCUGGUGAAGAUCCUUCCGAACCAUCCCACGCAUCCAACCUUGAGAGGAGUGAGAGAAGCACUCAUUCUAAUCACAUAUCUUCUUCUCAUAGAUCCGCUCCAAGAUCACCCAAGAAAGAUCCUGAGCGUCACUCUCGCGCAUCUUCUGGACGGUCGAAAACACGAGAAGCUGGCGAUCCUUCCGAAUCAUCUCACGCAUCCAACCUUGAGAAGAGUGAGAGGAGCAGUGAAAAUACUGCGGAGCUUAGAUCUGGUCGUAGAUCUCCUGCUGGAUCCGGAAAAGGUUCUCGAGACUCUGCUGAUCGCAAAAAGAAACGAAGCGGCCCAAGGGCAACCAAACCUGGUGCAAUUUCUUCAACUUCAAGCAGGCAUUCGGAUGCUAAGUCAUCCAAGCCAGGCGCCACUCCCGGAAAAGCUAGCAGCAAUGCUGAUGUUCGAAAAAAGGAACGGGGCGCUACCAAGGCAUCCAAGCCAGGCGCCACUCCCGGAAAAGCUAGCAGCAAUGCUGAUGUUCGAAAAAAGGAACGUGGCGCUACCAAAGCAUCCAAGCCAGGCGCCACUCCUGGAAAAGCUAGCAGCAAUGCUGAUGUUCGAAAAAAGAAGGAGCAACGGUCGACCCCAUCAUCAAACUCAGGUGUUGUUUCUGAAGAUCUGAUGACAAAUCGCGAAAGACAAGAAGAAGAAUGGGCUGUUAGCUCCUCGCUUCCGUCACCAGAGGCUUUCAGUGAUGGGAACUUGCUGGAGGCGACAACUGUGGACGAUAACUUAGAAGCACCAGAAGUGGUGCAAAUGAGACGCGAGUUUGAGCAAAAGGAAAAUAGGCGUCAACAAGAAAUAGAAGAACUCAAUCAGCGACUAGCUAAGCAAGAAAAGCAAAAAAAGCGAAGAAAUCGGAUUAUCUUUAUCGUAAUAGCCUGCUUGGUUGUUCUCAUUGGUGCCGGGGUCGGGGCAUACUUUGGUCUCAACAAGGACACAAAUACAGAAGACUCUAUUACUACAAAUGGAAACGCCGAAGAUCUGACUACAGCACCAUCAUCUGUUACGAACGGCGGCAACAACGGUGCAUCAAGCACACCCACAAACGCUGCUUCCAACGGUCCAACCGUAACCCAACUGUACCAACCACCUAGUGACGACAACUGUCUCGCUAUCUCUAGGAACGAAACCAUCGAUGGACAGGGAGACUUGGAUCAGAGCGAGUUUGAUAUGGCCUUUGAUGUCACUUUGGAAGCGAAUGGCGACAUCACUGAUCCGCAAGUCCAAACUUUCUUGGAUGCUAUUCAAGAGACACUUCUUCCAACGCUGGCUGGAUGCUCCGGCCCGAAGAUCAAUCGUCGAGAUCUUCUUGCCAAGAACGAGCUGCCAACAAUCAGAGCGGUUGCAGCACAGCCCAGACAAAGACAGCUUGCAAUUGGGGAAAAUCGGUUUGUGAUCUUCAAUGCAUUUGUCACGGGACGAGAGGAUCCCGAUGUGGUCUGUACCAACACCCAGGAUUCGAACCGCUGCCACAGAAUUGUGGUGAAAGUAUCCGCCAUUUUGAAAGGGCCCGUCCAGCUAAUGGACAUUGUUGUUCUGACCUCUGCUCAAGUAACGGAAAAACUGAAGGAAGAUGAACAAGACGAUGGCAACUUGAAAGAUCCGUGGGGAUUGGGCAAUCCAUUCUCCGAGGUACACUUGGUCAAUAUUGAUAACCAGUCUGCAACAAGUGCUCCUGUGCCAAUGCCGACCAUAGAUCCAGGCGAAGAUUCAUCACCAACUCCAACGGUAGAGACAACUUUGAUUCCUACACAAAUGUCGGCUUCGGGAUUGACAUCACAAGCUCCAAGCUCUUCACCAUCAAUGAUCACGCCAGUCCCAUCAGUGAACCCGUCCGCGGCUCCUGUGACUGGUCCAACGCAGCCUCCAUCUGCACUUCCGAGCAUCAUGCCAUCUGAUACGCCAAGUCUACGUCCUUCAUCCUUUCUGUCUUCAUCACCUACACUGGCUCCAGUGGUGGGUCCAACUCUUUCGCCAUCAAGCACACCAUCAAGAGUACCAUCGGUAGUACCAACUUUGUCUCCAACAGCUACCGCAAGUGAAGUUCCAUCCGCUUAUCCUUCAAUCAAACCAAGCAUAGUUCCAUCCGCCAAUCCAUCAAUCAAACCAAGCAUGGUUCCAUCUGCCUAUCCUUCAAUCAAACCAAGUAUGGUUCCAUCUGCCUAUCCUUCCAUCAAACCAACUAUGGUUCCAUCUUCCAGUCCCAGCUUGAUUCCAUCUGUCUCCCCAUCAACGAACCCCUCGCAACCAUGCUUUCAAAGCAGCAGCGAACUCAGCAGUGAAGUCAACAACUUUUUUGGUACCGCAUUGCAAAAGGCAGCAGUCGAGAACACAUAUGGCCCUAUCGGAGACUGGUGUUUUGGUGCAGGUGUGACCAGUAUGAGUCAACUCUUCAAAUAUCGCGCUUUCAAUGAUGACAUUUCGAAUUGGGAUGUUUCUUCUGUCACUGAUAUGGGAGAGAUGUUCAAUGGUGCAUCAUCCUUCAAUCAAGACUUGUCAUCGUGGGAUGUUUCUUCUGUUACCAAUAUGGCACUGAUGUUCUACGAAGCAUCAUCCUUCAGUGGAGACUUGUCAUCGUGGGAUGUUUCUUCUGUAACUACGAUGUCUUUCAUGUUCCGCCGGGCAUACUCUUUCAAUGGAGACUUGUCAUCUUGGAAUGUUUCUUCUGUCACUAAUUUGAGUUUCAUGUUCAGAGAUGGGUCCUUCAAUCAAGACAUAUCGUCAUGGGACGUUUCUUCUGUAACUGAAAUGAGUUAUAUGUUCUGGAAUGCAAGAGCUUUCAACCAAGACUUGUCAUCCUGGGAUGUCUCUUCGGUCACUGCUAUGCGGGGGAUGUUCCAAGGUGCAACAUCCUUUGACAAGAAUCUUUGUUCGUGGGCCUCGCGUCUGCCGAGCAAUGCCCACGUUCUCUAUGCGUUUACUUCUACCCACAGCUGCCCUUCAUCAGACCACCCAAGCCUCUCUGCAAAUCCAAAAGGUCCAUUUUGUCAUUUAUGCUAA